ACACAUUUUCAAGAAUCCCCUGUUUCCACCACCCCACCAUUUUCUGAAGAAAAAAAAGAAUCUUUUUUGCUUUAGAGCAGAAUUUAGUGGUGGGUUUGAGCUAUUUUCUGUAUUUUUCACAUUUUCAAGAAUCCCCUGUUUUUUUUUUUUUUAAUAAUGGAGGGGUUAUCAAGAACAAAUCUUGUUUCUGAUACAUUUUAUGGAACAAGAGAUGAUAUAACAGAACAAUUUGGUAUAAUGUGGGGACAAAUUAAAGCUCCAUUGAUUGUUCCACUUUUAAGGAUUUCUGUGUUUUUAUGUCUUGCUAUGUCUGUAAUGUUGUUUAUUGAAAGAGUUUACAUGUUUGUUGUCAUUACUUUAUUGAAAGUUUUUGGUACAAAACCUGAAAAAAGAUACAAAUGGGAGCCAUUAAAAGAUGAUGUUGAGCUUGGCAAUUCAUCUUAUCCUAUGGUUCUUGUUCAAAUUCCAAUGUAUAAUGAAAAAGAGGUUUAUCAGCUUUCAAUUGGAGCUGCAUGUGGACUUUCAUGGCCUUCUGAUCGUAUUAUAGUGCAAGUUCUUGAUGAUUCAACAGACCCCAUUACUAAGAAUUUGGUGGAAAUUGAAUGCCAAAGAUGGGCAAGCAAAGGGAUAAAUAUAAAAUAUGAAGUGAGGGACAAUAGGAGUGGAUACAAAGCAGGUGCUUUGAAAGAAGGAUUGAAUCAUUCUUAUGUGAAACAAUGUGAUUUUGUUGCUAUUUUUGAUGCUGAUUUUCAACCUGAACCUGAUUUUCUAUGGCAAACAAUUCCAUUUCUAGUUCACAAUCCUGAACUUUCCCUUGUUCAAGCUAGAUGGAAAUAUGUUAAUGCUGAUGAAUGUCUAAUGACAAGAAUGCAAGAAAUGUCAUUGGAUUAUCAUUUCUCUGUGGAGCAAGAAGUUGGCUCUUCUACACAUGCUUUUUUCGGAUUUAAUGGCACUGCUGGUGUUUGGAGAAUCGCCGCGAUAGAUGAGGCUGGAGGUUGGAAGGACAGGACAACGGUUGAGGAUAUGGACCUUGCUGUCCGUGCUAGUCUCAAGGGCUGGAAAUUCUUGUUCCUUGGUUCAGUCAAGGUACAUACUCCCCUGUCUGACAUUUCUUUUAUCCGUUGUCUCGAAAUGAAAGAUAAAUAAACACUAUAAUGUACU